GUAAUUUAAACUCCCAAAUGCCUUUUUCUUCAAGCACCGGGAAAUCUUCAAUUCGUUUUAUGUUCCGGCAAUGGUUUUCCCGGAAAAUACCAAUUGGAUCUACGAAGUCGGAUUGAUUGAUGAUAUUGUUGUACCUGAUGUUUAUUACACCGUUCCUGAUUCUGGAUUCAGUUGGCCAAUUCAAGCGACCUUAAACGGUUCUUCAUCGAACCCUAGUUUGGAUCUUGAUGGCUCAACUGUGGAUUCAGAUGAUCAUAAUGAUUCCAUAUCAAAAAACAGGGGAAGGAGGGAUAACCGUAGGGGGCGAAGGCCCUCAAACCCUCCAAAAUUUCUACAGCACAAGGACAAAUCAAAAGUAAAAGAAACGUGUAAAUCAACACCACACAGCUCUUCGACUCUCUACUCCGCAUAUAAGGCUCACCAAAUUGAUACACCUCAUAGGUUUCUUAAAUUGUCUUCGAUGCUUGAGCCUAGAAGGGCACCCACAGUGGACAAAUCCGUUGUUUUGGCCGAUGCUGUUCAAAUGCUGACUCAAUUACGAAUAGAAGCACAAAAGCUUAAACAUCCCAGUUCUGAUCUUCAAAAUAAAAUUAAGGAAUGAUGAGUAUUGUGAAUGUAAGAACGACUAUGCAACUUCAGAUUGAAAGAAUCAUUGUUUAUGAUGAGAUUACAAAUAAUAUUUUUUCCAUAAAAAAUCUAUUUAUUUUAGAAAAGUUUAGAUUCUCAACAGAAUCAUUUGAUUCUUUCAAUCCGAACACUCCAAAUUUGUUCUCACAUUUACAAUACUCGUCAUGUUAAUCCAACUUGAUAUAGGUUGUAAUUUGCAAGUAACUUACACCCAUGGCUCUUGGUGCUCUAAUGUAUUGAUAUUUCAAUGUAAAAUAUGUUAAUAAAACUAUUGACAUAAUACACAUUAAUAAAAAUUACAUUGUCAUUUUUUGUA